AGGCUACACCCAUAACCCCAACAGUCAUAGUGGACCAAAGCAUUGCCAGAAAGGAUGUAGUAUUCCUGCUGGAUGGUUCUGAUGGCACUAAGAAUGGCUUCCCAGCAAUGCGUGACUUUGUUCAAAGAGUGGUAGAGAAACUCACUGUGGAGGAAAACAGAGAUCGAGUCUCUGUGGUCCAGUAUAGCAGAGAAUCAGAGGCCCACUUCUAUCUGAACACUUAUACAACAAAGGAAGACGUUGUGGAGACCGUAAGAGGCCUGAGGCACAAAGGAGGGAGACCCCUCAACACUGGGGCAGCUCUCCAGUAUGUCAGGGACAAUGUCUUUAUUGCCUCCUCCGGAAGUAGGCGCCUUGAAGGUGUUCCACAGAUUCUGAUACUGUUGAAUGGUGGAAGGUCCUUUGACAAUGUAGAUACACCAGCGUCUGCUCUCAAGGAGCUUGGUGUCUUGGUGUUUGGAAUUGGAACAAGGAGCUCUGAUAGCAGAGAAUUACAAAAGAUAUCCUAUGACCCCAGCUAUGCUCUUUCCGUGUCUGAAUUUACUGACCUCCCCAAUGUCCAACAGCAGCUUCUUUCUGCUAUAAGCACUGUCAUUGUACAGGUGACAACCAUGACACCAACAGUAAUACCAACAAUACUAGUUGAGAGUCAGGCUCCCAGGAGGGAUGUCGUGUUCUUGCUGGAUGGAUCUGAUGGCACUAGGAGUGGAUUCCCAGCAAUGCGGGACUUUGUUCAAAGAGUGGUGGAGACACUCGGUGUGGAUGAGAACAAAGAUCGCGUUGCUGUGGUCCAGUACAGUAGAGAUCCAGCUGCCCAAUUCUAUCUGAACACCUACACAACAAAAGGAGAGAUUCUCAACACUGUAAGAGGUCUGAGACACAAAGGUGGGAGACCUCUCAACACUGGAGCAGCUCUCCAGUACGUGAGAGACAAUGUCUUUACUGCAUCCUCCGGAAGUCGACGCUUUGAAGGUGUUCCACAGUUACUGAUUCUGCUGAGUGGUGGAAGGUCCUUUGACAAUGUUGACACUCCAGCUUCUGCUCUGAAGGAGCUUGGGGUCUUGAUCUUUGGAAUUGGAACAAGGAGUUCUGAUAGCAGAGAAUUGCAGAGGAUAUCACAUGAUCCCAGUUACGCUCUGUCUGUCUCUGACUUCACUGACCUUCCAAACAUCCAGCAGCAACUUCUGUCCUCGGUGGAGGCAGUUGUUAUUGACGUUACUCCAGAAUCGCCAACAGUUUUAGUUGAUCAUGACACCUCCAGAAAGGAUGUGGUAUUCCUUGUGGAUGGUUCUGAUGGCGCAAGGAAUGGAUUCCCAGCAAUGCGUGAUUUUGUUCAGAGAGUAGUGGGGAAACUCAAUGUGGGAGGAGACAAAGACCGUGUUUCUGUUGUCCAGUACGGUAGAGAUCAAGAAGUUCAUUUCUAUCUGAACACAUACACCACCAAGGAGGACAUUCUUGACACUGUCAGAAGUCUGAGGCACAGAGGAGGUAGACCCCUUAACACUGGGGCAGCCCUCCAAUACGUAAGGGACAACGUCUUUACUGCCUCCUCAGGAAGCAGAAGCCAAGAGGGCGUCCCUCAGAUGCUGAUACUUCUGAGUGGGGGAAGGUCCAGUGAUAAUGUUGACAUACCAGCUUCUGCCCUGAAAAAGAGUGGGGUCUUGAUCUUUGGCAUUGGAACCAGAAAUUCCAGCAGAGAGGUUCAAAGGAUUGCCACUGAUCCUAGUUUUUCCCAGUCUGUUUCUGAAUUCACUGACCUCCCCAGCAUCCAGGAGCAGUUUUUCUCCACACUCAUAACUGUAAAAGUUGAGGCUACACCCAUAACCCCAACAGUCAUAGUGGACCAAAGCAUUGCCAGAAAGGAUGUAGUAUUCCUGCUGGAUGGUUCUGAUGGCACUAAGAAUGGCUUCCCAGCAAUGCGUGACUUUGUUCAAAGAGUGGUAGAGAAACUCACUGUGGAGGAAAACAGAGAUCGAGUCUCUGUGGUCCAGUAUAGCAGAGAAUCAGAGGCCCACUUCUAUCUGAACACUUAUACAACAAAGGAAGACGUUAUGGAGACCGUAAGAGGCCUGAGGCACAAAGGAGGGAGACCCCUCAACACUGGGGCAGCUCUCCAGUAUGUCAGGGACAAUGUCUUUAUUGCCUCCUCCGGAAGUAGGCGCCUUGAAGGUGUUCCACAGAUUCUGAUACUUUUGAAUGGUGGAAGGUCCUUUGACAAUGUAGAUACACCAGCGUCUGCUCUCAAGGAGCUUGGUGUCUUGGUGUUUGGAAUUGGAACAAGGAGCUCUGAUAGCAGAGAAUUACAAAAGAUAUCCUAUGACCCCAGCUAUGCUCUUUCCGUGUCUGAAUUUACUGACCUCCCCAAUGUCCAACAGCAGCUUAUUUCUGCUAUAAGCACUGUCAUUGUACAGGUGACAACCAUGACACCAACAGUAAUACCAACAAUACUAGUUGAGAGUCAGGCUCCCAGGAGGGAUGUCGUGUUCUUGCUGGAUGGAUCUGAUGGCACUAGGAGUGGAUUCCCAGCAAUGCGGGACUUUGUUCAAAGAGUGGUGGAGACACUCGGUGUGGAUGAGAACAAAGAUCGCGUUGCUGUGGUCCAGUACAGUAGAGAUCCAGCUGCCCAAUUCUAUCUGAACACCUACACAACAAAAGGAGAGAUUCUCAACACUGUAAGAGGUCUGAGACACAAAGGUGGGAGACCUCUCAACACUGGAGCAGCUCUCCAGUACGUGAGAGACAAUGUCUUUACUGCCUCCUCCGGAAGUCGACGCUUUGAAGGUGUUCCACAGUUACUGAUUCUGCUGAGUGGUGGAAGGUCCUUUGACAAUGUUGACAAUCCAGCUUCUGCUCUGAAGGAGCUUGGGGUCUUGAUCUUUGGAAUUGGAACAAGGAGUUCUGAUAGCAGAGAAUUGCAGAGGAUAUCACAUGAUCCCAGUUACGCUCUGUCUGUCUCUGACUUCACUGACCUUCCAAACAUCCAGCAGCAACUUCUGUCCUCGGUGGAGGCAGUUGUUAUUGACGUUACUCCAGAAUCGCCAACAGUUUUAGUUGAUCAUGACACCUCCAGAAAGGAUGUGGUAUUCCUUGUGGAUGGUUCUGAUGGCGCAAGGAAUGGAUUCCCAGCAAUGCGUGAUUUUGUUCAGAGAGUAGUGGGGAAACUCAAUGUGGGAGGAGACAAAGACCGUGUUUCUGUUGUCCAGUACGGUAGAGAUCAAGAAGUUCAUUUCUAUCUGAACACAUACACCACCAAGGAGGACAUUCUUGACACUGUCAGAAGUCUGAGGCACAGAGGAGGUAGACCCCUUAACACUGGGGCAGCCCUCCAAUAUGUAAGGGACAACGUCUUUACUGCCUCCUCAGGAAGCAGAAGCCAAGAGGGCGUCCCUCAGAUGCUGAUACUUCUGAGUGGGGGUAGGUCCAGUGAUAAUGUUGACAUACCUGCUUCUGCCCUGAAAAAGAGUGGGGUCUUGAUCUUUGGCAUUGGAACCAGAAAUUCCAGCAGAGAGGUUCAAAGGAUUGCCACUGAUCCUAGUUUUUCCCAGUCUGUUUCUGAAUUCACUGACCUCCCCAGCAUCCAUGAGCAGUUUUUCUCCACACUCAUAACUGUAAAAGUUGAGGCUACACCCAUAACCCCAACAGUCAUAGUGGACCAAAGCAUUGCCAGAAAGGAUGUAGUAUUCCUGCUGGAUGGUUCUGAUGGCACUAAGAAUGGCUUCCCAGCAAUGCGUGACUUUGUUCAAAGAGUGGUAGAGAAACUCACUGUGGAGGAAAACAGAGAUCGAGUCUCUGUGGUCCAGUAUAGCAGAGAAUCAGAGGCCCACUUCUAUCUGAACACUCAUACAACAAAGGAAGACGUUGUGGAGACCGUAAGAGGCCUGAGGCACAAAGGAGGGAGACCCCUCAACACUGGGGCAGCUCUCCAGUAUGUCAGGGACAAUGUCUUUACUGCCUCCUCCGGAAGUAGGCGCCUUGAAGGUGUUCCACAGAUUCUGAUACUGUUGAGUGGUGGAAGGUCCUUUGACAAUGUUGACACUCCAGCUUCUGCUCUGAAGGAGCUUGGGGUCUUGAUCUUUGGAAUUGGAACAAGGAGUUCUGAUAGCAGAGAAUUGCAGAGGAUAUCACAUGAUCCCAGUUACGCUCUGUCUGUCUCUGACUUCACUGACCUUCCAAACAUCCAGCAGCAACUUCUGUCCUCGGUGGAGGCAGUUGUUAUUGACGUUACUCCAGAAUCGCCAACAGUUUUAGUUGAUCAUGACACCUCCAGAAAGGAUGUGGUAUUCCUUGUGGAUGGUUCUGAUGGCGCAAGGAAUGGAUUCCCAGCAAUGCGUGAUUUUGUUCAGAGAGUAGUGGGGAAACUCAAUGUGGGAGGAGACAAAGACCGCGUUUCUGUUGUCCAGUACGGUAGAGAUCAAGAAGUUCAUUUCUAUCUGAACACAUACACCACCAAGGAGGACAUUCUUGACACUGUCAGAAGUCUGAGGCACAGAGGAGGUAGACCCCUUAACACUGGGGCAGCCCUCCAAUACGUAAGGGACAACGUCUUUACUGCCUCCUCAGGAAGCAGAAGCCAAGAGGGCGUCCCUCAGAUGCUGAUACUUCUGAGUGGGGGAAGGUCCAGUGAUAAUGUUGACAUACCAGCUUCUGCCCUGAAAAAGAGUGGGGUCUUGAUCUUUGGCAUUGGAACCAGAAAUUCCAGCAGAGAGGUUCAAAGGAUUGCCACUGAUCCUAGUUUUUCCCAGUCUGUUUCUGAAUUCACUGACCUCCCCAGCAUCCAGGAGCAGUUUUUCUCCACACUCAUAACUGUAAAAGUUGAGGCUACACCCAUAACCCCAACAGUCAUAGUGGACCAAAGCAUUGCCAGAAAGGAUGUAGUAUUCCUGCUGGAUGGUUCUGAUGGCACUAAGAAUGGCUUCCCAGCAAUGCGUGACUUUGUUCAAAGAGUGGUAGAGAAACUCACUGUGGAGGAAAACAGAGAUCGAGUCUCUGUGGUCCAGUAUAGCAGAGAAUCAGAGGCCCACUUCUAUCUGAACACUUAUACAACAAAGGAAGACGUUAUGGAGACCGUAAGAGGCCUGAGGCACAAAGGAGGGAGACCCCUCAACACUGGGGCAGCUCUCCAGUAUGUCAGGGACAAUGUCUUUAUUGCCUCCUCCGGAAGUAGGCGCCUUGAAGGUGUUCCACAGAUUCUGAUACUUUUGAAUGGUGGAAGGUCCUUUGACAAUGUAGAUACACCAGCGUCUGCUCUCAAGGAGCUUGGUGUCUUGGUGUUUGGAAUUGGAACAAGGAGCUCUGAUAGCAGAGAAUUACAAAAGAUAUCCUAUGACCCCAGCUAUGCUCUUUCCGUGUCUGAAUUUACUGACCUCCCCAAUGUCCAACAGCAGCUUAUUUCUGCUAUAAGCACUGUCAUUGUACAGGUGACAACCAUGACACCAACAGUAAUACCAACAAUACUAGUUGAGAGUCAGGCUCCCAGGAGGGAUGUCGUGUUCUUGCUGGAUGGAUCUGAUGGCACUAGGAGUGGAUUCCCAGCAAUGCGGGACUUUGUUCAAAGAGUGGUGGAGACACUCGGUGUGGAUGAGAACAAAGAUCGCGUUGCUGUGGUCCAGUACAGUAGAGAUCCAGCUGCCCAAUUCUAUCUGAACACCUACACAACAAAAGGAGAGAUUCUCAACACUGUAAGAGGUCUGAGACACAAAGGUGGGAGACCUCUCAACACUGGAGCAGCUCUCCAGUACGUGAGAGACAAUGUCUUUACUGCCUCCUCCGGAAGUCGACGCUUUGAAGGUGUUCCACAGUUACUGAUUCUGCUGAGUGGUGGAAGGUCCUUUGACAAUGUUGACACUCCAGCUUCUGCUCUGAAGGAGCUUGGGGUCUUGAUCUUUGGAAUUGGAACAAGGAGUUCUGAUAGCAGAGAAUUGCAGAGGAUAUCACAUGAUCCCAGUUACGCUCUGUCUGUCUCUGACUUCACUGACCUUCCAAACAUCCAGCAGCAACUUCUGUCCUCGGUGGAGGCAGUUGUUAUUGACGUUACUCCAGAAUCGCCAACAGUUUUAGUUGAUCAUGACACCUCCAGAAAGGAUGUGGUAUUCCUUGUGGAUGGUUCUGAUGGCGCAAGGAAUGGAUUCCCAGCAAUGCGUGAUUUUGUUCAGAGAGUAGUGGGGAAACUCAAUGUGGGAGGAGACAAAGACCGCGUUUCUGUUGUCCAGUACGGUAGAGAUCAAGAAGUUCAUUUCUAUCUGAACACAUACACCACCAAGGAGGACAUUCUUGACACUGUCAGAAGUCUGAGGCACAGAGGAGGUAGACCCCUUAACACUGGGGCAGCCCUCCAAUACGUAAGGGACAACGUCUUUACUGCCUCCUCAGGAAGCAGAAGCCAAGAGGGCGUCCCUCAGAUGCUGAUACUUCUGAGUGGGGGAAGGUCCAGUGAUAAUGUUGACAUACCAGCUUCUGCCCUGAAAAAGAGUGGGGUCUUGAUCUUUGGCAUUGGAACCAGAAAUUCCAGCAGAGAGGUCGAAAGGAUUGCCACUGAUCCUAGUUUUUCCCAGUCUGUUUCUGAAUUCACUGACCUCCCCAGCGUCCAGGAGCAGUUUUUCUCCACACUCAUAACUGUACAAGUUGAGGCUACACCCAUAACCCCAACAGUCAUAGUGGACCAAAGCAUUGCCAGAAAGGAUGUAGUAUUCCUGCUGGAUGGUUCUGAUGGCACUAAGAAUGGCUUCCCAGCAAUGCGUGACUUUGUUCAAAGAGUGGUAGAGAAACUCACUGUGGAGGAAAGCAGAGAUCGAGUCUCUGUGGUCCAGUAUAGCAGAGAAUCAGAGGCCCACUUCUAUCUGAACACUUAUACAACAAAGGAAGAUGUUGUGGAGACCGUAAGAGGCCUGAGGCACAAAGGAGGUAGACCCCUCAACACUGGGGCAGCUCUCCAGUAUGUCAGGGACAAUGUCUUUAUUGCCUCCUCCGGAAGUAGACGCCUUGAAGGUGUUCCACAGAUUCUGAUACUGUUGAAUGGUGGAAGGUCCUUUGACAAUGUAGAUACACCAGCGUCUGCUCUCAAGGAGCUUGGUGUCUUGGUGUUUGGAAUUGGAACAAGGAGCUCUGAUAGCAAAGAAUUACAAAAGAUAUCCUAUGACCCCAGCUAUGCUCUUUCCGUGUCUGAAUUUACUGACCUCCCCAAUGUCCAACAGCAGCUUCUUUCUGCUAUAAGCACUGUCAUUGUACAGGUGACAACCAUGACACCAACAGUAAUACCAACAAUACUAGUUGAGAGUCAGGCUCCCAGGAGGGAUGUCGUGUUCUUGCUGGAUGGAUCUGAUGGCACUAGGAGUGGAUUCCCAGCAAUGCGGGACUUUGUUCAAAGAGUGGUGGAGACACUCGGUGUGGAUGAGAACAAAGAUCGCGUUGCUGUGGUCCAGUACAGUAGAGAUCCAGCUGCCCAAUUCUAUCUGAACACCUACACAACAAAAGGAGAGAUUCUCAACACUGUAAGAGGUCUGAGACACAAAGGUGGGAGACCUCUCAACACUGGAGCAGCUCUCCAGUACGUGAGAGACAAUGUCUUUACUGCCUCCUCCGGAAGUCGACGCUUUGAAGGUGUUCCACAGUUACUGAUUCUGCUGAGUGGUGGAAGGUCCUUUGACAAUGUUGACACUCCAGCUUCUGCUCUGAAGGAGCUUGGGGUCUUGAUCUUUGGAAUUGGAACAAGGAGUUCUGAUAGCAGAGAAUUGCAGAGGAUAUCACAUGAUCCCAGUUACGCUCUGUCUGUCUCUGACUUCACUGACCUUCCAAACAUCCAGCAGCAACUUCUGUCCUCGGUGGAGGCAGUUGUUAUUGACGUUACUCCAGAAUCGCCAACAGUUUUAGUUGAUCAUGACACCUCCAGAAAGGAUGUGGUAUUCCUUGUGGAUGGUUCUGAUGGCGCAAGGAAUGGAUUCCCAGCAAUGCGUGAUUUUGUUCAGAGAGUAGUGGGGAAACUCAAUGUGGGAGGAGACAAAGACCGCGUUUCUGUUGUCCAGUACGGUAGAGAUCAAGAAGUUCAUUUCUAUCUGAACACAUACACCACCAAGGAGGACAUUCUUGACACUGUCAGAAGUCUGAGGCACAGAGGAGGUAGACCCCUUAACACUGGGGCAGCCCUCCAAUACGUAAGGGACAACGUCUUUACUGCCUCCUCAGGAAGCAGAAGCCAAGAGGGCGUCCCUCAGAUGCUGAUACUUCUGAGUGGGGGAAGGUCCAGUGAUAAUGUUGACAUACCAGCUUCUGCCCUGAAAAAGAGUGGGGUCUUGAUCUUUGGCAUUGGAACCAGAAAUUCCAGCAGAGAGGUCGAAAGGAUUGCCACUGAUCCUAGUUUUUCCCAGUCUGUUUCUGAAUUCACUGACCUCCCCAGCGUCCAGGAGCAGUUUUUCUCCACACUCAUAACUGUACAAGUUGAGGCUACACCCAUAACCCCAACAGUCAUAGUGGACCAAAGCAUUGCCAGAAAGGAUGUAGUAUUCCUGCUGGAUGGUUCUGAUGGCACUAAGAAUGGCUUCCCAGCAAUGCGUGACUUUGUUCAAAGAGUGGUAGAGAAACUCACUGUGGAGGAAAACAGAGAUCGAGUCUCUGUGGUCCAGUAUAGCAGAGAAUCAGAGGCCCACUUCUAUCUGAACACUUAUACAACAAAGGAAGACGUUGUGGAGACCGUAAGAGGCCUGAGGCACAAAGGAGGUAGACCCCUCAACACUGGGGCAGCUCUCCAGUAUGUCAGGGACAAUGUCUUUAUUGCCUCCUCCGGAAGUAGGCGCCUUGAAGGUGUUCCACAGAUUCUGAUACUGUUGAAUGGUGGAAGGUCCUUUGACAAUGUAGAUACACCAGCGUCUGCUCUCAAGGAGCUUGGUGUCUUGGUGUUUGGAAUUGGAACAAGGAGCUCUGAUAGCAAAGAAUUACAAAAGAUAUCCUAUGACCCCAGCUAUGCUCUUUCCGUGUCUGAAUUUACUGACCUCCCCAAUGUCCAACAGCAGCUUCUUUCUGCUAUAAGCACUGUCAUUGUACAGGUGACAACCAUGACACCAACAGUAAUACCAACAAUACUAGUUGAGAGUCAGGCUCCCAGGAGGGAUGUCGUGUUCUUGCUGGAUGGAUCUGAUGGCACUAGGAGUGGAUUCCCAGCAAUGCGGGACUUUGUUCAAAGAGUGGUGGAGACACUCGGUGUGGAUGAGAACAAAGAUCGCGUUGCUGUGGUCCAGUACAGUAGAGAUCCAGCUGCCCAAUUCUAUCUGAACACCUACACAACAAAAGGAGAGAUUCUCAACACUGUAAGAGGUCUGAGACACAAAGGUGGGAGACCUCUCAACACUGGAGCAGCUCUCCAGUACGUGAGAGACAAUGUCUUUACUGCCUCCUCCGGAAGUCGACGCUUUGAAGGUGUUCCACAGUUACUGAUUCUGCUGAGUGGUGGAAGGUCCUUUGACAAUGUUGACACUCCAGCUUCUGCUCUGAAGGAGCUUGGGGUCUUGAUCUUUGGAAUUGGAACAAGGAGUUCUGAUAGCAGAGAAUUGCAGAGGAUAUCACAUGAUCCCAGUUACGCUCUGUCUGUCUCUGACUUCACUGACCUUCCAAACAUCCAGCAGCAACUUCUGUCCUCGGUGGAGGCAGUUGUUAUUGACGUUACUCCAGAAUCGCCAACAGUUUUAGUUGAUCAUGACACCUCCAGAAAGGAUGUGGUAUUCCUUGUGGAUGGUUCUGAUGGCGCAAGGAAUGGAUUCCCAGCAAUGCGUGAUUUUGUUCAGAGAGUAGUGGGGAAACUCAAUGUGGGAGGAGACAAAGACCGCGUUUCUGUUGUCCAGUACGGUAGAGAUCAAGAAGUUCAUUUCUAUCUGAACACAUACACCACCAAGGAGGACAUUCUUGACACUGUCAGAAGUCUGAGGCACAGAGGAGUGGACCAAAGCAUUGCCAGAAAGGAUGUAGUAUUCCUGCUGGAUGGUUCUGAUGGCACUAAGAAUGGCUUCCCAGCAAUGCGUGACUUUGUUCAAAGAGUGGUAGAGAAACUCACUGUGGAGGAAAACAGAGAUCGAGUCUCUGUGGUCCAGUAUAGCAGAGAAUCAGAGGCCCACUUCUAUCUGAACACUUAUACAACAAAGGAAGACGUUGUGGAGACCUUGAGAGUCAGGCUCCCAGGAGGGAUGUCGUGUUCUUGCUGGAUGGAUCUGAUGGCACUAGGAGUGGAUUCCCAGCAAUGCGGGACUUUGUUCAAAGAGUGGUGGAGACACUCGGUGUGGAUGAGAACAAAGAUCGCGUUGCUGUGGUCCAGUACAGUAGAGAUCCAGCUGCCCAAUUCUAUCUGA